CUGUGCGAUCGGUCGAUCAUGCAUUAUUAUGACACGAUCCUGUCACCAUGAGUCGAUAACUACUUCUUUCUCAUUUACGGCGCUUAGCAUGUUUUGAAAAGAGGAAAUUAAGUUCGAGAUUUGAUAUCAGGCCUCUACUAUUUACAUGUACAUGUAUGUACCGUACUAAUCCUCCGAUGAUGGAUGAUCCGACUGCGCCCAGUUGAACAUCAACCGUUUCAUGGGCCAUGCAUCAUCACUAGGAUUGGCAGUGUCCAGCAUCACCAUGUCAGUCAGUGACACAAGGAUAUUUGCCAACAAGGAGGACUGUGCACCCUCUUGGAAGGAUGCUGGGGCCAAUUUCGAUGAGAUGGAUGCACAUCUGGAGAUUAUGGGUAAACCGGUCAUGGAGAGAUGGGAGACGCCGUACAUGCACAAACUAGCCACCAUUGCUGCAAGCAAAGGUGGGCAUGUCUUGGAGAUUGGAUUUGGCAUGGCCAUCGCUGCAAGCAAGAUCGAAGAGCAGAAUAUCACGGAACACGUCAUUAUUGAGUGCAAUGAUGGCGUGUUCCAACGACUGGAAGAGUGGGCCGAGCAACAACCACACAAGGUAACACCACUGAAGGGAAUGUGGGAAGAAGUGGUUCCCACCCUCAAGGAUGGGCAAUUUGAUGGGAUUCUGUAUGACACGUAUCCAUUAUCAGAGGACACGUGGCACACACACCAGUUCCCCUUCUUGAAGAACCACGCCUAUCGGCUGCUAAAACCAGGUGGAGUGCUGACGUACUGCAAUCUGACAUCCUGGGGCGAAUGGAUGAAAUCAAAGUAUCAAGAUAUAGAGGUCAUGUUUAAGGAGACCCAAGUGCCCCACAUUGUUGAAGCCGGCUUCAAGGCAGAGAAUAUCACCACGGAGUUGCUUCCAAUUACCCCUGAGCCUGGAUGCAAGUACUACUCCCACAAGGUCAUGAUUGCACCCAUCAUCCUCAAGUAAGGAAUUUGACCCUCGCUUCAUUCUGGUCGGCUUGAAUGAAAGUGUCCAUUAAACUUAUGGGUGUUGUUAAUUGGUGGUGGUGGUUGUGGUUGUGGUUAGUGUCAAGGGAGAGAAGAAUUCUCCCCCGAUUUUAAUUCAGGGUUUGGGUCUGUCAUUGACUGCGUUAUGCUUGAGAUCUGUUGGAUUGUGGCUGAAUUGGAAGAGGUUGAGUUUGAUGAAAGAAUUUUCAUAUUACCACUCAGAGUUUAUGAAGAAAUAAUUCAGUAAACAAAAGCUGCCUUUAAAAAAAUCAGGUUCAGCAAAUGCUGCUUCAAAAGGGGUUUGAGCUGAUUAAGAACUUUCCAAUGUUAUGAAUUGGAAAUGUAGUGUACAUUUUUGGCUGUUUUAUUAUUAACAAUGCCUCACUGCCACAUUUGUGUGUUGAAGCAGGAUUAUAUGCACUGCUGAGACAAAAUGAUAUGAACUUUUCACACCAUGGUUGGUCUUUACAAAGCUGUACAGAUGUUGUUUGUAACCCUUGAUACGUUUUUCCUGCCAAAAAUACAUCGGGUCAAACUGAGCUUUAUUCAUUAUUGGGAUUAUGAAAACUCUUUUGUAAUGGUUACUGGGGCGCAACCAUUUGUUUUGCUGCUGUUUGUGAAUUUCACAGAGUGAGAACUCGGGGGUCGGAAAUUCUGUUUCUUGUUUGCCAUUCAACUUUGGUUGGCUACCUGCCAAUCUCUGUGGAACUCUAUGAACUGAAAUAAUCUUUCAAUGAAAUUUUAGCAUACUGUACAUGUAUGUGUAUUUGAUAGCAAAAAGGGGAGUCACAACAGCUUGUUUUGCUGUGGAUCAGGACACUGUAACACUAACAGGUUGUAUGAAUGCCAACACAUUUAGUUAAUACAAUUAAGUAUUUUCUUGCUUCAGUCGAACUUUGUUAAUAAGAACACCAUUAAUACAUUCUGCUUGUAACAAGGACAUUUUCAGACACCGAACUUUGUUCUUCAUUAUUUCAUUCCUAAUAAUACAAGGCUCCUCUUGUAACAAGGUAAUCUGCCAAGUUUUCAAGGACCUCUUAUUAUUAAACCAAAUUUGACUAUUUCCUGGCAUUCAGCUUUGUUUUACUCCAUUUCUUGAAUCCACACUGAAAACAAAUCAUUGUACUACAUGUAUGGGUUCUGAACUGCCUGUAUUUUCUUACAAAAGACUGCAGACACGUAUUUCUUGCCAAAAGAUGUCCUUUUUAAUUUUCUAUCAAGUAAAUGUUUUAUAUUUAGAAUGAAGGAUUUUAAGUGCAUAUCCUACAGAACAAAAAUGACUAAACUGCUUCUUUUGGUAAUGCAGUGAAUUUUGAAAGGAAACACUUUACAAUGACCACAUUAUCACCCCUACCCAUGAAGGUUGAUGCACCUUAAGCUUGCAGAAAGGACUUUGAUGCUUCAAACCGUAACAUUUAAUCUGUGAAACAUGCACAGUGUUCACCGAGGACUGUCAUUUUUUAGGUUGCCGCACUCAUAGAGAAUGAAUGUUUAAAUGAAACUUGUCAUGUUUAUGAAUUUCACUCACUUUUCUAGCACGGCAAUUAAGUACAAAAAGUGACUUGGAGCAUUCUAAAGGUCAUAGCAUUCCACGAAUGUAGCGUAUAAAGUGGACUAACUUAAUUCUUAAUCGCGCACCACCCAAAAGGAGAGACAACUCCAAUUUGACUAGUUAAGCCCUUGAAGUUCUUGAAGAAGUUCUUAAAGAAGUGCUGUGCUGGAAAAGUGUGUCGGCAUAUGCACCGUAUUCCAGUAAUCAUAAGACAUUUCAUAAAGCAGUUUUUUCUUGAACACAUGUAGAGAUACUUUCAGUGACAAGAAAAGGUUUAAUCUAGUGAUAGUUGGCAUCAGAAGACAAGAUAGUCAUGUGUCUUGGAAGGAGAGUUUCUGUCCACUUUUUGGGGAUUUUUAGGCAAUACUAAUUACUAGUACAUUGAACUAAACCUGCAUUAUUUAAAUUAAACGUUACAGGAAUUGUCUUAAAAUUUUCGCAGAUUUUGUAAAUUGGUUAGGAAAGAGUCUUUGGAAAAAAGGUGAAGGGCACUGACAGAAGACAGAGGAAAGGAAAUCUGUCAAGUGCUGUUGGGGAUCAGAUAUUUUCUCAAGUCUAUAAUAUCUCUGCCAGGAGAGAAAGAAAGGUGACAAAGUCAUUAUUAACCGGUUCUUCCCUCUGAAAAUGUUUUAUUUAGACAAAAUAGUGGCAUCUAUAUUGCACAUUUUGGGUAGACUCUUGGCUUCCUUUAAAAUAUUCAGGGAAUUGUUUGAAUUGAAUUAAACUAAUUGCACAUGUCA